UUGCAGCAACUCAAACGAUUGAAUCAGGCCGUAUUCCCGCUUGCCUAUAACGACAAAUUCUACCGGGACGUUGUCUCGGAUGGGGAAUUAGCAAAGCUAGCAUAUUUCAACGAUAUUGUCGUAGGCGCGGUGUGCUGUCGAAUCGAUGUUCAGAAUGGCAUUCGACGCUUAUAUAUCAUGACACUGGGCACUCUGGCACCGUAUAGGCGGCUUGGCAUUGGUACCAUGCUAUUAAAGCAUGUAUUCGCUCUGUGCAAAAAAGAUCCGACAAUUGACAGUAUUUAUCUUCACGUGAACAAUGAGUCGGCGCUGGCAUUUUACAAGCAUUUUGGCUUUGAAAUUACCGGAACUGCGGAGCAAUACUAUAAACGGAUUGAGCCGAGCAGUGCUUUUAUUCUUGUGAAGAAAAUUGAACGAUCGGCAGCGACCCAGCAGCACUCGGCCCAGUGA